AUGUCUCGACCCCUCAUCCAACGAGACUGGCUAGAUUCACACACUCCAUCCGAAGAGAAUCCGCCCGAAAUAAUGCCAUUUCGGCGAGCUUCGAUCUCUUCUGCCUCCGCCGCCUCAGCACGUCGUCUUGUGCCACCACCACUCUUCCCUCACAUGUUAGCCCCAGCUACCGUCACCUCAGCUGCGGUCGCUAUGGCUUCCGGGGUAGACAACCAACGGGACAUAAUCCAGACAGACAAUCAAGAAGCAGGCAGCCUGUCUGAGGUGGGUUUCGUGAGUUCUGCUACCCAGCGCCAGGUACAAAAUGGCUUCUUUCUACUUUCAUAUCUCCAAGACAUUCUCUCCUGUCGAUCUUUAAGGCAUAGAUUUCUCCGAAAAACCGAACCCUUUCAUUCCCUUUCUCCAGCCCUUGUUUUUUACUGA